AUGAGUGUUCGGUUUCCGUUAGGUAAAUUUUCCACAUGGCAUCAGUUGAGGCAAAAAAACAGUGUAAUAAAUUAUCCGUUGAAAGAACAGAUUUGUCGCAUAAUGCAACGUUGGGAAGAUUUUUUUGGUAUAACAGCUGUACGACUGGCGCAAGAAGAAGUUAUCAAUUGUGAGAAUCGCCUAACAGAGGCGCAAAAAAAUCGCCGAGCAAAACAAAUGGAACUAAAAAAACUGCAGAACCAUUUGAAGGAUAUUCAUGCAGAAUUGGACCGGACGUCGCGUGGAGAUGACCGGUUUUUACAUCUUUUAACGGAAGAACACGCCACAAUAAAAAAAGAAAGAGUAUUGCUAGCAGAGUUUGAGGAAGCAGAAACAGCGGAAAGAGACACUUUCCAAGCACUUUCAAGGCGAGUCAGAAGCAGCCAUGAGAAGGAACGUGAAAGAGUUGAGAAAAACAAAUAUUUGUCGCUGUGGGCAACUAUCACGGGAGCUGUAUUCGGCGUUGUCGGAACAACACUUGCAGCUGAAGUAAGAGCGAGACGACUGAAAGAUUUGAUACCUACUGCAGCUCAGGUUACUCCUGUGUUAGAGCAGGUUCGCGAUCAUGUCGAAAAGCAACAUUUGCAGGUCGUUACAUUUAUAAAUGAUUUGCGGGCGCUAAUGAAUGCUGGGAAGGUGAGUGAGAUCCAACAAACUUUGGCUUCAAGUGCCAAUCACGGGACUUCGUACGAAAAACUUGUUUCUUCGAUGGAGGAGCAAAAUGCUAUUCUUUCAAAGGAAAUGGAUGAACUGAAAAAGAUAAUCGCUGUGGAUCGAUACAAGGACGGCGAUUCCAAAGAUGUUGUCUACGUUGGUAGCGACAUGCAACUCCUCUUGAACCGUACAGAAAAGAACUUGGAGUCGAAGAUGAAACUGCAAACUUUGUUAUCAGUUGUUUUCAUAUAUGCGGCAGCUGUUGUCACUGUUCCCUUAGUUUUAGCGAUAUUUAAGGCAAACUAG